GUGUGACCAAAAAUGGCAGACGUGGAAAGUAAACAUAGCGACAAUAUUUUAUAUGAUUUAUCAGUGCUAGCAGAAUGGAGAGCAGAAAAUGAAAUAUUUACUCGCAGUAAUCGUGAUAAACCUAAUACCUCAUUAUUUGGAAGAGCAUCAUCUUUAGUGAGACGCUCAACAUGGACAUUUCUACGUGUUGUUGGGAUCCCUAUGCAGAUGCCAACUCCUUGCCUUUUACCAGAACAACUUGUGAAACUUAAGAAUAGCCAAUUGCCAUGGAAAAUUGCUGUCAGCAGCACUGGCACAAUGGUAGCAAUUGCACAAGAAAGCUUUUUGGAAAUCAGAUCCCAGCGUGAUAACCUUGAAAGUGUAUUGGGACGAGGCAUAUUUCCACAAGAUCCUUAUUCCCAGUGGCGGUGCUUGACAUGGAGUGAAGAUGAAACUAUGGUUGCUUGCAGUAGGAGCUCUGGAGCAGUGGAUGUUUUUGAUAUUCUUGGCACAUUGUUGUUUACUAUCCCAGGCGUUGAAGAGGAGGCUGUUUCUCCCAUGGAUUUGAGUGAAGCCGUCGCAGCUCUUAUUUUUACAGACUACAAACCAGAUGAGAAGUGGGCAUAUGAACUUUUAGUUAUAAACUAUCAUGGCUCAAUGUCCAGUUAUUUUGUGCACAGAGACAAUGGCUUUCAAUUGAGAUACACCUUUCUUUUUGCCACGGAAUAUCCAAGAGGUAUAAGUUCUGUUGUAUAUGCCAAGAAGCACAAAGUUUUGUUUGUUGGAGGUGGUGGUCUAGCAGACAGUUUGCUUAGCCCUUCAAAAUCUCGCCAAGAGGGAAUUUCAGCAUGGAGGCUUCUGUCAGACAGCCCAUACUGUAAGCUUAUUACAGAUUAUGAAGAAGAUAAAUACAAGGCAAAAUUAAAAUUAUCUUUCUUAUCAAAAUUGAAAGUCUCUUAUGUUUGGAAUAAUCUUCAAGCUGAUGGUAUCUUCCACCUCUGUUUAUCACCCUGUGGAACCACACUAGCAUCAAUACACUUUUCAGGGAAACUUGCACUGUGGGAAGUCCCAUCUUUGUAUUUCAGGAGAGAAUUUGAUCAGAAUGAACAGCCAGGCUGGGAGGAAAUAAGUCCAGAGCUACUAGAAAACCCAGUAAAGAAAAAGAGAAUCAAAGAUUUGAUUCCUCACAAACAACUGAUUGAUGUCAAUUUUUGGUCUGAUGAACACAUGAUUUUAGCAAGAUGCUCUGGUGCUGUCAGUGUAGUCUCCCUUGACAACCUUGAUAACCUGUUGGGUGUCUCCCCUGAAUGGUUUGAGCCAUCUCCUCAGUUGACCCAAGCCCUAAACGGGGGAUUUCUCGGAAUGGAAUGUGAGAUAAAUUUCCCUAAAAGACGUAUAGUCGUACAACUGAAUGAUGGAGGUGGUGAUGAAGAAGAUGACAGUGAUGAGGAAGAUCUUUCUUUCAUGACCAAAACAACACGCAUGUCAAAGCAAAUUUUGUAUUAUCUCACAGACAGUGAACAUUUUCAGCCACUUAAAAAAAAGCCAAAAUUUGUCACCAAAGUGUACAGAGUUGUAUCUCUUAAAUCUACAACACCAGAAGAGCUUUAUGCCAGAAAGAUUGAUGCUGAAGAGUAUGGAGAAGCUUUGAGUCUUGCGCAAGCUUAUAAACUUGACUGUGAUUUGGUUUACCAGAGACAGUGGCGAAAAUCUCAAGUGUCUAAAGCAUCAAUUGAGGAUUAUUUGAGCAAGAUCAGCAAACGUUCAUGGGUGCUUCAUGAAUGUCUAGAGCGUGUGCCUGAGACCAUAGGGGCCAUGCAGGAGUUGCUGGAAUAUGGGCUGAAUGGCACAGAUUUGCCAGCUUUGAUUGCCAUUGGGAAAGGAGAGGAUCAUGGACAAUUCAUGAUUUGUGACCCUGACGAUGGGCUUUAUGAUGAAAUCUAUGACCCAUUCGACCCUCAGUCAUCAAAGGAAAAAGAGAAAAAAAGAGCUCAGAUUCGAAAGUCUAAUUUAGAACAAAUAGACUUUAAAAAUUUGAACUUAGAGCAAAAAGAACUCUGCAGAGCCCGUCUCAAGUUCUUGAACUAUCUGGACAGGCUAAAAACAUAUGAAUACAUACUUGGAGGACCUAACGCUGCUUCAGAGAGAUACAAUGCUGGAUUCUAUAGUUCCUUUCGGUCCCAAAAUAUAUAUGAUCUUGUUGUAGAGUAUGCUCAGAAUAAUGAUUGGAGGGCUGUUGAAACCUUGCUGAUAUAUCACAGUUCAGAGCUUGCUCCUCAUAGAUUAGCCAUUUUAUCUCAUUUUCCUGAAACAGCCGACCCUAAUGAUUACAAAACCCUUCUUCCUAAAUUAGAUGAGGAUGAUGGUGUUGUUCCAUGGGAAGUAGAUUUUUGGAGAGAAACUGACUGGUCUGAGAAGGACUAUUGCAGAUCAGUGAUUGAUUUAGGGAGUGAGGAUGAGGCAUUCUUCUUGUACAAGGACAUCAGUAUUAAAUACAGGACUGCUAGUUUAACUUGUGAUUUGGUCCAAGAGUGGUACCAUGAACGUGCCUGUGAGAUUGAGAGACGAUCUAGAUUAGUGGAGUUUGCAAUUGAGUUGGUGAAACUGGGAAUUGAAAGGGGAAUAGAUAACUUGCUUGACCUGUUGGAUGACCUUGUCACAAUGGAAAUGAUGGUGUAUGAAUGUGGGGUUGAUGCUUCCCUCCAAUUGCAUCAACUUAGAGAGAUGGCUGAUUAUGACAGACUUGAACUCAUCAUGGCCAAGUCCCCAGAAGAGAUGUACAUAAAGAAUCUGCACAGAUGGAUGGUUCCAUUUCUACAGCGCUGUGAGAAAAAAGAACCAGGAGCGUACAACAGACUUUUGAGAGAUUUUGUUCUAACAAAAGCUAAGAAUGACCUGACAUUUGUACUGAAGAUUUUUGAAGCAUCAAAGCCAAGUAAUACUCAGCGUGUGAUAAAGUCACAGGAUGAAGUUUUGUCCCUUGGAUUGGAUGCAAUUUACUGCUGUGAAAGGGAUGAUCAGCUGGAGCUUAUAAUGCGGAUCCUUGAAUGUCUUCACAGCUAUGGCAGUGGCUCCUUUAAAGAUUCUCCAGAAUGUUUGCUGCUACAUAAACAAGUGGAUAAAUUAGAUCACCAUGUACAUGCUGCAAGAAUUUUCCAGGAUUAUGGCAUGAAGAUGACUAUAGCAAACAUCAAAUUGUCUGAGGGUGAUCCAUCGAUAUCCAAGUCUUUGAUUAUUAAACUGACAAGACUAGCCAGUAAAAGAUCCAUCCCACUAAAUGAAUUAGAAUGGCGUAAACUAGAUGAGGAUGUGUUGACUCUUCAAAGUCAAGUCUAUAACUGUAUUUCCCCAGCUUUAUGUCAAGAGGUAUUUGUGGAAAGUUUAAUGUGUUCAGGCCUUCAAGAGACAAUUAGGCUAGCAGGUCAGCUUAUGGAAAGAAGUUCUGGGGAGCCAAAACACAACCAGGCCCAGAAAGGACUCAGCAUUGAUAAAGUGCCGUAUGCUAAGGCAGUGAAUCUAUCCCUGUCUGCAGCUCAGGAAUAUUUUGAUUCCUCUUCUAAUCUCAGUGACUCAUGCAUGGACCUUGCCAGGUCAUGCUUGAAUUUGAUCCUUGACUCGCCAAAACCAAUCCAAGAAGAGUUGGACUUGAUUGCUUCCCUUGCUUUGUUGGAUGAAUUUGGUGUAGCUGUUCUUCCACUGCAAGUGCGUCUGUGUAAGAAUAGAAUGGAACUUGUAAAGACUGCUGUGACAACAAAACCCACCAGCUAUAAACAAACACAACGAUUGCUUCGUUUAGGACAACUCCUUGGUAUAUAUUGCAAAGAUCCCCAGGAACUGGAGGGCCAAAUACUACAGAUGGCAGCAGAUGCUGCUGUUAAUGCUUUGGAUUAUGAAUUUGCUUAUCAGUGUUGUGAAAGGCUUAUCAGUCUUUGUCACAGCAGUGCAUGGAGUAUUUGUGUUCGACUUGCUGAACAGGAAGGUUUCAGAAAUAUUGUUGCCAAGGCCAAACUUCUUUCAUUUGCAAUGACAUACUGUAGUAAAGAUAAAAUACUUCCUGUACUUCAAGCAAGAUGCUUGUUAGAAACACAGAUCCUGUAUGAGCAAGUGAGUAAAGUGGUGUCUAAAGAGCCUCACCUGGACAGUCCAGACAGCAGAGAGAGCCCAUUCUCUGCCCAUGCUGCCAUCAAGCAGACCCAGCAGAUCUUAUCCUCUACCAAGCAGACCACCACAGCAGUUCUCUCCUCCAUCACUGACACCAAGUGGCUGCACAAUGCCGUCAAGAGCCUCAAACAUUCUGUGCUACAAGGUGGGCCCAACAAACCUCACACGGUGAACGAUGGAGGCCUGGGAAAUUAUGGCCUGCAGAAGCAGGGGUGCCAUCCUUUUUAUGCUGGGAUUAUUGAACACUGCUAUGAAGAUGUGAAAUCUGUAGACUUUGCUUCCUGUCAGAGUGGGGAUGAGCCUGGUCUGAGUGCUAAAAUAUUACGAACUGCAAAGCUGGAUGAAAUGCUGACAUGUGGAUUAAAGCAGCAGCCUGCAUCAGAAGUUCUAUUAGAGCUUGCCAAACAAACUAUUUAUACAGAUGCUACUCUGGGCCUAGCUUUUCUUUUGGCCACCUCAAAGAGCCAAGAUGUGAGCUGUUGUUUUGAGGACUUCCCAAGUACAGACAUUUCCUUACAGCUGGCUGUGUAUUACUAUGCUAUUCAAAUUUACAACACCCUGCAACCUCUCACCUCAUCCCAUGUGUAUGCCCUGUAUAGACAAACCCCCUCUAAAGUAAUCAGCCGAGUCUUUGAUUUCAUAUCUACCUGUACUGGCACUGACUGGCCGGCUGAGGUGAAUUCAUUUGUUGUCAAACUCAAGUCUUAUCAAGAGAUGCUGGAAGACUAUAAUCAAGCAUGCAUGCUACAAAGUCUUGGUAAAGGAGUCAAUGUGAUUAGAUUUUCUGAGGACAGUGAAUACAAGAAAGAAACUAUUUUUGGACUAGCAAUGAAUCUGGAUGAUGAAGUCUACAACAUUGCCCUGUCUCUUGCCCAGCGUUAUGACAUGAAUAUGUGGGAUGUGUACAUGUGCCAUCUUGAAUAUCUUUUCUCUGACAGUGGUUUAUCAUUAGAAGAUCUUCAGAUGAGAGUAACCAAACUUGACAUACUGCCCACACUGAAGGGCCAGAUGUCUGAGUUCUGUGAUAGAAUGACCACCCAAGUUUACCCCACACUGGCUGGAACAGAUCUGAAAAGCCUGUGCUACUUUUUUACUUUGGUUGAAUCAGUUGAAGAUAAACUUAUCUCUGGGCUGCCUCCAGCAAAACAUGCAGCGCUGUUAAAGAAAUUCAAAUCCUCCUGUCCUAAUCUGGAUUACAAAAAAUUAAUUGAUGCCAACGCAGAUCCACUAGAAGUGCUGCAGCCUUGUUUAACAGCAAACAACAUAAAUACUUUAGCCAAACUGGCCUCACAGAUACCUAAUAAAAAAGGAGGCUUUCUUCACCCAGGCUCUGUGUACAGCUGCUGGGCAUCUCAAGUCUUCUGGAUGGGGGAUGGGUCCAAGAAAUCCUCCCCAAGUAACAUGGAUGAUUGGAUACGUCGCUAUGAAUCUAUUGGGGAACAUAUUCAAAAGCUUCGUCCUGAUGAUCUUCUCUGGUUGAUUGACUCACUUGUUUUCACAGCAUCAUCAAGAAAAACUCUUGAUUUGCCUUGUCGUGAAGAAAUUAGCAAAAGAGCUGUAGCAGUUUCUAGAAAAAAUUGUGGCUCAAAAAAGGAAAAACUGGAUACCAAUGGGGAGAUAAGCUGGGAGAAUUGUACCUCACAGCUAGAGACAAGACUAGAACACUUGAAAACCCUGUCCAGUGAAACCAUACAGUCUUUUGCCCAGGCUACAGACCCCACCUUUGCUUCAUAUGCUCAGCAAUAUGAUCUCUCUAAAGGAGACAUCAUGCAGGUGAAACUAUUGCUGGUCCAGAUGAUUCUAGAUGGGCAGGCUGUGGAGCUGGUGGAUGAUGUUUUACAAGUGACAGCAGCAAGUUCCCUGACAACACAGACGAUUGUGAAAGAAGCUGUCAGUAUAAUAGCCAGCGCAUUAAGGGGCAAAGAAAUGAGACAAGAAAUAAUUGUGAGAAAAUCUUUGUUAGAAGUUUUACAGCAAGUUGUGGAGAAUGUGAGGGAACAUCAAGAUAAUGGUGGAAGUCUAGUGCAAGCUGAAGAUGUUAUGUCUCUACUGAGACCAUUCUGCUCAGAUUCUUCUAUACAAGUUCCACAAAGGCUGGAUGUUUUAAAGGUCCUUGAAAAGAGUUUUGACUUGUCCGCCACAGACAAAACACUUCUAACACUGUACAGAACAGAUGCUCUUGUCACAUCUGGUUGGCCAGACAAACAGAUUAGUGAGGACAUGAUAAUAUCAGAGGAGGCAAGGGCUGCUUUCUUCUCAACUCUUCUACAAGAAUCUAACAACAAACAUCAUUUGGUCACAUGUGCACAUUUGCUCAUACUAUGGCCACCAUUUUCUCCUUCAUACAGUUCUAAUCCAGAUACAAAUCCGUGGGUGAAAAUGUUGAAAACGAUUGUGUCCCCUCAAGGAGAAUCAAGUGGAGAGAUCAUAUAUGAUGUUAUAAAAAAUGAAUGCUCAAUCUUUCCUCUUGAUAUUAAGUGUACUGAUUCUAUAGUUGAUCUGUUAAUUCAAGACAACCAACACAUUUCUGGUGUGAAGUUAGCUUUAAGGUCCUGCUAUCCACAGUUGGUUGAAAAAGGCUUGAAGGUUUUGGAGAAUAUUAGUGAAAAUUUAGCCGAUGCUGACUUGAUGGCCAUGUUGUUAAAAAAUCACCUGACAGCGAGGGUGGUCUCAAUGCCAGUGUACUCACCACUGGUUGCCCAUGUCCUUCAACACCAAGGUCAGCCAGAGCUUCCUGCAGUGGACACUAUUGUAGCCCAGCUAGACCAGGCAGGUUUUAAGGCAGAGGCUGGAUCUCUCCUACUACAGGCUCGUCUGAGUCACUCCAAGCUGCUCACCUUCAACUCUGCCCUUGCUUCAGUACGUCGCUGGUUUAAAAACUGAUCUCAGUCACAUUGGAUAUUUUACAGCGCAAAACAAUUUACUUGUGAGGUAAAUAAUGAAGUGUGCCCAACUGAUGUCAUUUACAGCAUUUAUUUUUCUCUAGGAUUUCUUUAUUUAUUGACGGAAACACGUGAAAGAAAUAUUUUGUGAAUGUGAUAUAAAGCCUAACCCAGGACAAUGUGAAUGGUACUAGAACCUUUAAUGAAUUUUUGCUGAGUUAUAUUUCCUAUUGUUGUUAUUUACUAAUAGAAAUUAUGGUAAUAA